AUGGAGGCGUUGUUGCGGUUUCCGUCUCGGGAUUGGACGGGUUUCCUUGGGAAGGAGGCGGCCGGCGGAGUGGGCAAGGGGAGGCAUGAGCAGCUUACCACAGUGCUGGACAUCAUGCUCGGCCUCACCCCGCGUCCUCAAGAACUUGUUCGUUUCCUCGAGCCGCAUGCGGUCGGCCGGCCCGCAGCUCCGGUAACCGUGGCCCUCGACGACGCUCGCCGUGCGGCGGCACAGUCCGGCGACUUGGAGAGUGACGGCAGCCUUGUCGACCUCAGCGACGUUUUUGCGGUUCCUACGGCAGCAGCGGCGGCGGCGGCGGCGGGGGGUGGGUCAAGAGGCGGGCGUAGGCGGGCGGCAGGGGGAUUGUCCGUCUUGGAGGGGAGGAGGAGGAAGGCGAAGCGGCCGGACGGUCCGAUGGCGGGGAGAGAGGGAGGAAGCGACUCGCUGCAAGAGGCCUCGCCCCUGCCGGUGACCCCGCAACUCCGGGUUUUCCUUGGCGCCGUGGCUGUGCUCCAGACAGGGACGGUGCUGCACGCAGCAGGGCUAACCGGCAGGGCUCUGGCGGUGUCGGCUGGGGCGGUGUGGGUCUCCGUUGGAGUGGCUGGGUGUGUUUGUGGUGUGGUCGAGGGUGGAAGUCGCGAGGAUAGCGGUGGCGGACGUAGUAGGUCGGCGGUCGCAGUCGCUGCCGCCGUGGUUGCUGAUUUGGUCAGGGUUGCCGGCGCGGACGGUUCUGCUGCCAGUGCCGACGCCUUAGCUCCGACGGAGGACACCGGGCUGCUUGCAUCGACCAAGAAGGGUGAAGCGGCAGGCGGCUGGACGGUGCGUGUUGUCAUGGCGAGCGAGGUCACCGCGGUGGUGGUGCUGGUCUUCCUCCUCGUGGAACGGACCGUAAACCACUACGACGAUAACAGCGCCUUCCUCUACGCCGAGGCCUUCGAAGCGGAACAGACAGGAGUGGGUUUAGUCGCCGGCCUAGUAGCAGCAGGCGCUCGGUGGACGGCAGUCGCAGCCGCCGCUGGAGCGGCGACCGUGGUAACGGUGGCAUUGCCCCCGCUCUUUGCCGCGCUCGCGACGGCACAAGUCGUCAAGACUUUCGCCCCGGCGAGAAACGGUAGCGGUGGCAUCGGCAGCGGUCGUUCUUCUCCUGAUCCCGCCGCCUCUUUCGCCAUGGGCCCGGCGGCGGCGGCGGCGGCGGCCUCCGUGGGUGAAGACACCGCAUUACGGCGGUCGUCUUCGUCUUCGUCGGUGAACACCGACGCACAAACUGUCAGCGGUGACCCGAGUUCUAGGCCGGACAGGAGUCCCGAGACUGGCACCGAGGGUGCUACGGGGGGCCCGUUGCUAGGCGGCCGCCGCCGCCGCGAUGGACACCGCCUGCCCGUGAUUCAACUCUCGGAGCCAAUCCUUUCCUUGGUGAAGCCGGCAUCCGAACCGGCGGAGAGGGCGGUGUUGAUGGAGCCCACCGCAGAGGAGAGAGUAGCGGCGACCUUGAGGGAGAAGUACGGCGCCGCUUCCACGGCCGUGAGAACGAAAGCGGCGAAGUGGAGGUCGGUCGUCCUGGACAAGACAAAGCGCGCGCGCGUCUACCUCGCGAAGAGGAUAAUGCCGCCGGGGGGCGCAAUCGGCGAGGACAAAGACACCACCCUCGGCGUCAGCGGCGGCGGCGGCGGCGGCGGCGGCGGUCGGGGGGGAGAAUCAACCACCUCUCAGCCAGUGGUCCUAGUCCGCACGCCUCCGCCUCCUCCCCCUCCCCCUCCUCCUCCUCCUCCUCCUCCUCCUAAGCCGAACGUGGUCGCCUCGAUAGCGCCGCCCCCCGUAGACCGGCAGGCUUGCUUACCCUCCGAGGAAGUGGAUUGGGAGUGGCAAUUUGUUGGACGGACCCCGGGCGAACAUGACGGCGGCGGCGGGCUCUCGGGGGGGCGGGGCUGGCUGGCGGUCGUUGAUUGCGCCGUCGCCACGGUCUACAGCGGCAGCACGGCUGCGAUCGGCGGGGUGUGCGGGAGGCGUUCUCCCGAUGGCGGCACCGGUCGCCGAGGAGGAAGCCGCGAGUGUCCGGAUAGCGGCGGGCGGCGGCGAGGCAGCGCCGGUGAUGAUGAUGCGGCGGGUAGGGCGGGGGUCCGCACGGCGUUUGUGUCUACCUCGGAUGUUGUGUUGUUGUGGGUGGUGGUGCUGGGCGUCUUCGCGGCCGUGAGGCGCGAGUUUUGGCUCGCCAAGUGCAGGAGGUGGAACGCUCUGGCGUUGCUGGUUGUUGGCAAGGCAGUCGUGGCAGAGAGCUUGAUGUCACGGGCCUCGUCUCUCUGCCUGUAG